AUGUACCUCAACAGCAACCAGCUAGUGCAAGCAGUGUGGAUGGAAAUCAUGGCACAGCCAACCCCAGAAAGAAACCAUGGCAAGGAAGCAAUAGACCGGGGUACCCAAGAGGCUCUAGAGGUGGAAGAAAUGGACCUAGAUACCCGGGAGAAUCUGGGAGAGGAGGAUCUACAGGGGGUCAUAGACUCGAUGGAGGAGGCUACGGCAGUUGGCUCAGGCAGUGGGAGAGAAGGAUCUGGGGGUGGUGCAGGGAGAGAAUCUGGUGGAAAAGAUUCAGAUGGAAAUCAAAAACUAUUUGAUCAAGAUAGGCAACCAUCCACAAUACCUCAAUUUGAUAAUAAGCUGAAGAUUGGCUGA